AUGAUGGUCAAUUACCCUGCCAAUGCAGACGACGAAGAGUUCAUAGUAGGGGGGAGCUUCGCGGAUUCAACAAGCGAUGCCCAACCAACUUCGAUGGCAUUCUUUCUCCACCGUAUCAAGCUCGCUCAACUCUGUCGCGAAUCUAUGGACCGCCUACAAUCCGUGAAAAAAUGUCCACUCCAGACUGUUUACCAGCUCGUCCUCGGUAUCAGUGAAAGGUACAUGUCAUUCCUAAACGAGCUCCCAUGGUUCCUCCGCCUGGACGAAGAGACUCCGACAAAGCAUGCAGAAUUAGCCACGCAACGACCCUAUAUUACGCGCCAGCGUGCCGUGCUUCUGUACGGAUUGUAUUCGCGCCUGGGUCGUCUGCACCGGCCGUUCGUUUCCCGUGGAUUCACAGAUCCUCAUUACGCAACCUCGCAUCAGAUUGGCAUCGAGUGUGCAGAGAAGCUUCUGCAGAUCCGUCGAAUGACGGCCGUGGGCAAUAUUUGCGCUUUCGGCGGGUCGCACAGUGUGGAUCAACAUUCCUUCAAUGCCAUGCUUCUCCUCACGAUAGACGUCAUGGCGCGUCCCCAACUAGAGAUUUCACACCGUCGAAGACGUGAUAUCAUUGAAAUGUGUCAUCUUCUCAGAGAUGAUCACAUGCGGGUGGGUCGGCCCAGGGAUGGAAUCAGCCGAGCAGUUGGGCUCUUGCUGGAGAUUGUGCAAAGUCCUCACAAAAUGAAACCUCUGGGUCCUUUUCAAGACCGGCCCACGUCAUCAGUUGUGAGAAUAUCCCUGAGUUGCCUGUAG